AUGGUGACCACGCUUAGAAUCUCCUCGGGAUAUGUUUUCACGGUCAAGACCGACAACAAGGACAAACGGCCACUACCCUCUAUGGAACUGUUGGAACUGAGGUGGCACCUGUCUCGCAUUGCUUGUAUGUAUGACAAAGGCGAGGACGAAGAUAGUGAUUAUGAUUCUAAUGGCGGCUCCGUUUCCGUCCGUUCAGGCUCUCGAUCCCUUAUCAAGAAAGAAGCUACGUUCCCCGAGAACAUCCCUUUCCGUCCACCCGCCAAGUCACCGUCACCCCCAAAGCUACAGAAUGUGUCUUUCGAGGGUGAUCUCAGUUCCUCUAUCGUGGAGUAA